AAGUAUAUAUUAUGAUUAUUGUUAUUAUCGGUUUUGAAAUUUUCUAGGUCUACGAUCAACGAGGCACACGUAUAUUUCCCACUAUCUUUUCUUUCAGGAUGAGUAGUACAAAGCAUGCUCUGUUGUAUGUUUCUAUAGUUAUCCUUUUGGCUGCGUACAAAGCACUUGCAGCUUCCUUAAACGCCCCAUCGGGAACAUUCAAGAUUUCUGACCAAGGCGUACUGGGCCAAGGUGCCUACUCCAUCUCAAACGACCUUGCGGAAAUAGGACUUAAACUGGUAAUACCAAUAGCAUCAAGCAUAUCAAAAGACAAGGCUACCGCGACUAUUACUUCACUCCCUCCUGUUUCCAAUCCGUCCAGUGUAUCCGGUGCGUCCAGCUCGUCAGGAGCUACCAGUCCCUCUAGUGUGCCCAGUGCUUCCGGUCUGCCUGGUGCUACUGGCCCGGUCGCUGCAGCCGGCGCACUCUCUCCGUCCUCUCCGUCUAGCCCCGUGGGAACAAAUGGAGCAGGAAUUUCCGGAGGCAUUCUAACUCCAGCAGAUAAUCAGUUCAUUGAUGACAUGGUUGCAAUUCACAACGAACUUCGGUCGGUGCACUUUUCUCCUCCAAUUCAGAAUAACACACAGAUGUCCAUCGAAGCCAAAGAGUGGGCACAGAUACUUUCCGAAGAAAAAGAUCUGAGACAUUCCCCGCCUGAUUCAAGAGAAAACCAAGGUGAAAGCCUUGCAAUGGGAUGCACAACAGCUGCUGAGGAAGGAAUCACCGCUAAGGAAGCUAUCGCGAAAUGGUACGACGAAGCCUGUUGCCAUGAUUUCUCUAUUCAUGGCUUUCGAAAUGUCUCCGGACAUUUUUCUCAGCUAGUCUGGAAAGCUACAGAGGAAAUCGGCGUUGGCCGAGCAUUUGGCACCAAGUGGGGAAUGAACUGUUCUUUCAUUGUUGCGCGUUACAAACCGAAAGGGAACAUUGAUAGUGAAGCAAAUUUCAGGGAAAACGUUGAGAGGGGCACCUUUGAUCCAGUGGCGUACAACUGCUCUGCUGUGAUAUGCCAAUCUGAAGGAGAAGAAAUAGAAGAAGAAGAAGAAGAAGAAGCGGGGAGCCAAGGUCGAGACAGUUCAAAAAACAAACUGCACAAUAACCUGAUACCGGUUAAAUCUAGGAAUGCUGACAAAAAUGAAAUUCUAAGCAACAAUGAACCCCAGAGGCUUGGCAAUGUCCUAGGUUCUCGAGAUUCCCAUAGUUACAUGAAAACCCCAGAAAGUUAUUCAAAACAGCUGUCACCAAGUAAUGUUGAAUACAACAUUAAGCAAUACACAGAGAAAAGUCAGAAGCAAUACGCAUCAAACGGUGUCAACCAGGACGAAGGAAGACCUCGGUCCUUAGUGUACAGAGCUAAGAUACCUCGGGUCUCGCCCAUAAAAGUGCUGUAAAUCACUUAAUUUAUUCCUCAGUGGAGGGGAUCUACAUGUCAAAUUACUGAAGCAUAAGCAUAAAAUAUAAUUCUAUCGUGGUUUUUCAUGUAAUGGAAAACCGGCCCCUAAUAAGUCCUGUUUUCAGUACGUUAUAAACACAAGCACAACAGUAAAACAAGAUGGCGGACUUUAGCUUAUGGAUAUACUUAUACUGAGCGCGUUCUCAUUUGACUUAGCAUAAGCACAUAACACAAGAAGAAUAAAAUCCUAUCGUUUUGCUUGUGAUUGUGCGUAUGCUUGUAUUGUCGGCGUCUUCACUACGGUUAUGGACGUUAUGCUUAUCCUAGUGCUUGUGCUUAUAUGUUGUUGUUAAAACCAGGCUUGAUAUAUCACUUCACAAAACGCUCAAAGUGAGGUUAUAGUUAUUCUUAAUGGCAUUUCUUUGCGAAGACUAACAAAUUAAACAGGCCAUCACCCUUAUGAACAUGAAACAGUUUGCCAGUUUGGGGACCUCUACCCCACGUGUCUCGUUUCUUAAGAUGGCCGAAAAGUUAACAAAAACAGAUACAAUAGCUUAAGGGGUAAACGAACGACAAGCAAAAUAUACGCAAAAUUACGAAUUAAUGACCAUAAUCAAACGUCUAUAGGAACUUUUUCAAAUGUUGGUAAUGCUAGUGUAACUGCUAAGAAC